AUGACAAACGAAUGUUCGAUAGAAAAAUGUCGAAAUCUAGUCGACACAUAUUGUUAUCAUUGUUCACAAGAUCUAUGCACAAACCAUCUAAAUGAGCAUAAAAAAUGGAUCGAAAAACAACUUUUACCUGUCGUCAAUCAAGUGAACACAAUGUACGAACAUCUUCAUCAAAUUGACAAAAAUCAAACAAUGGUCACAUUGGAUUAUCUGAAUGAUAUUCGCGAGCAAAUGGAUCAAUGGAAGGUCAGUUGUUAUCAACAGAUUGAUGAUGUUUAUGAACAGGUGCAAAAACAAAUCAACACUAUGGUGGAAAAACAUCGAAAUCAGAUUAUUGAAAGAGCAGCGAAUAAUUUGGAAUCAAUCAAACAGUUGCGUCGACGACUUGGCGCUUUGCUGAAAGAAGAUCAAAUAGAAUAUCGACUACUAGAUAAUAUUAGAGAAGAAUUAGAAGGAAUUGAACAAACAGAACACGAAAUUGAUCAGCCAAAUAUUCGAAUUUUGACUGAAAAACUAAAUGUCGACAAUCUUGUUCAUUUAAUAAUUAGUUUAACAGCAGAUUUAAAUUUCAUUCUAAUUCUUAUUUAUUUGAUUAAUGUUAAGCUUUUCGAAACAUUUCGUUUCAUCGUCAGACAAGAUCGAAUUAACAAAGAAUACAUAAACACAUACAUAUAUACGCAGAAGACAUUUUACAAAGGUAAAGACCUCCAAAUAGAAUGGAAAUUUGCUUUUGAAUAA